GUUAUAAAACUAUAACCAACUUUAUUCUAGUAAUCUGUUAUUUUUUCAGUAUCGCUACUUGUUCAAAUGAUUAUCUAGUUCUGAUACUAGUUUUAGUAUCAGUUAGUAUCUUGGUAUUGAUUGUUUUGACAUCCCUUGUUUCCAGAAGUUUCCUUUCCUUCCUUGAACUUAAAUUAGCUCUCUUUUUAAAUAUACUUCAUCUCAUUAUUUGUUCACUGGUCCAGUAAUAUAAUAAUAAUAAUCAGUCAUUCAGAUUUUACGUUUUGCCGAAGCUACGGUGACAUUUAUCAGUACUGAGACAGAUUACUCAGUCAUUAAUUUGUUAGUUAUUGACAUUAAACUAAUUGAAUGUACCAGAACAGCCAAAGAGGACUGUUCUAUAGUACAUAUUUACAUAGCACACCAAUAACUGAAGCUUGUACAUUAUUGCAUCAUAUAUGUGUUACUAUAUGUUUAGUGUAUGUCUCUUAUAAUGAUGUAAUCCAAUGCAGUUUUCAAACAUAAGCACAAUCUCUGAUAAUCUUUAUGGUCUUAUGGCUCUGAUAGAACGCCUCCAAUGUCCAUUGUCCAAGCCGCCGAGCGCACUCAGUCUGCCAAUCCCUGAAAGUCACACGACAAUAAACAGAGAAAAGGUAAUGAAACAGUUUUAGGAAACGACAUCGGCUCAGAGCAGCACCAUGAUGCAGCCGCGCUUCAUGAGGGUCCGAUGUGGUCUCAUCAGGGAAUGCAUGGCAGAGUUCCUGGGGACCUUUGUUUUACUGGUCUUUGGUUGCUCGGCUGCGGCACAGGUGAAGACCAGUAGAGAGACAAAAGGACAAUUCCUCUCUGUAAACAUGUCCUUUGCUGUGGGCGUCAUGUCAGCUAUGUACCUCACCAAAGGCAUCUCAGGAGCCCACCUGAACCCUGCUGUAUCCCUGAGCUUCUGUAUUUUGGGACAGGUGCCCUGGAAUCGCCUGGUGCCCUACAGUCUGUCUCAGCUCCUGGGGGCAUACACCGCCUCAGCUCUGGUCUACUUCAUGUACUAUGAUGCCAUCAUGGAUUUCAGUGGAGGAGAGCUCACAGUUUAUGGGGCAAAUGAGACAGCUUCUAUAUUUGCCACUUAUCCAACAGAGUAUCUCUCGCUGAGUGGAAGCUUUCUCGACCAGGUUGUAGGCACAGGCAUGCUGAUGUUGUGUAUCCUGUGUCUGGGAGAGAAGAGGAACACUCCUGCUCCGGAGCAGCUCGUCCCUCCCAUCGUGGCUGCCAUUGUUUUGGGUAUUUCUAUGUCAAUGUCGGCAAACUGUGGAGCAGCCAUAAACCCAGCCCGUGACCUGGGACCACGUCUCUUCACUCUGACAGCGGGAUGGGGCACUGAGGUCUUCACAUGUUACAACUAUUGGUUUUGGGUGCCUGCGGUGGCCCCUAUGGUUGGAGGAGUUCUCGGCACACUGAUUUACCUGAUGUUUAUUGAAUGGCAGCUGCCGGACCACCCCCCUGAGGACCCCCACACAGAUAUCAGCUUCAGUGACAAACCCAGAUCCAGUGUCACAUGGAACAGUAAAGAUGAGCUGAAAGAGGCCCGCUUCUGAGGAUUACUGUGACUCUGAUUUCUAUGUUGUAUUGGUGAAAUUAGUCUAGAAGCAGCUUUCAGAUGCUAUUGUUUUAGGUGGAGUUAAGGGGUCAAUAUUUGGGGUGCACUCUGUAACUUUACAGGUCCACUGCCAGCAUGUCUCCAUUGACAUGCUAUUGCUUUGCCUGAAAUGUUUGUUAUUAUGGCAUUAAACCUGUCUAUCGCCAUGAAGACAAACAGGUGACACCACCUAGAGGCGAUACCCUCAACAGUAAGGAUGCAUUCAGGUUCCGUCGUUUGUUUGUUUUUGUAGAAACACCAGUGAAAUGCAAGAUAUGGCAAAGCUCUAACAUCUUUUUGAAGACAAGCAGCUAGUGGACCUCCCACCAGCAAAGUUACGUAGUGCACCUUUAAGACAGAGGUACUAUUUUAUUUUAUGAAACUCAUUCUUAAUCAUGUGGUUUUGUCUGUCAACUGUUUACAAUGUAGCACUUUUAUGGCAUAAUUUCAACCACUUUAUCACACUAUAGUGGGAAAAAUCAUUACAUAAGUAAAUUUGUGCCCGCAUAUUAAACUUUGUCCCAGUUUUCCAUGUGGAUAGGCACAGCAAUUAUGGUCUGGCAUUGACCAUAAACCAAUCCAAACUAUCUGCAUUGUCAGUUCAUCUAUUAGUGACACCUUUGUUGUCUUUUGCUACCUCCAUUUUUGUUACAAAUGAAAACAACCGACUAUAAUGACAUGUACUUGCCAAAAUGACAUUAAUAAUUGUUUUGUUAAUUUGUUUGUGAUGGAUGUUUGACACAAUGAUGAUAAACUGCCACAGAUUUACAAUAAAAAAUGUAUUGUGA